AUGGAGCAACAACAAAAUCUACCAGUAAUAGCCAAAAGAAUAUGGAGUACAGUACGAUUAGUUUUCUUCAUGCUGAGAAAAGGCCUAUCCAAAAGGAAGCUCAUUGUGGAUCUCAACAUGAUGCACAAACGCGGCAAGAUUGCUGGCAAAGCCCUCAGCAACCUCCUCCAUCACCACAGCCACCACCACGCCUCCUCCUACGUGGCGCCCCCAAAUGAGUACGAGUUCAGCUGCAGCAACACACCCAACUACACCUUCCCUUUCCACCUCACAAAGAGGAAGAACAACUACCACCAUUUUUUCGGGUGCGCCCACGCGCCGCCUACUCAUGACGAAGAUGUAGCCACUGCCAACGCCGUCAGAGUGGCUCUCGAGAUGUUCAACAAUAAUGACACGGUGGUUGAGGCUUCCCCGGCGUUGCCUGGUUUCGGAAGAACCCCGUUCGUGAGGCCAUUGAGAAUAACGGACUCUCCCUUCCCUUUGAGAGACGUUGAUGAAGAUAGUGGGUAUGUUGACAAAGCAGCUGAAGAAUUUAUUCAAAAGUUCUAUAGGGAGUUGAAGAAACAGAAGAAAAUGUCCAUGGCUGAGUGCUAA